UUUCUGCUUAGUUUAGACGGAAUAUUGCUGUAUGUGACGCACUACUUUUCGCGGAGGGAUAUAUCCCGUCAAGGCCUUGACCGCGCUGCAGCAGCGCAGCCGAAAUGUCGUUUUUCAAUGGAGGCUGAACAUGCGAAUUCGCCAGCUUUAGGCGCCGAAUAAUCACAAAUCUAGACAAAAUUUCGAUAUACGAAGCCUGGAAAAGCCUGCUGGAGGAUGGAAACUACAGGUUCGACGUCGAGGGAGGCUUCCCCGACCGAAUCUGAAUUGUACUUCCUGAUCGCGAAAUUCCUCUCCGGUGGACCUUGUACGAGGGCAUUUGAGGUCCUGCAACAAGAGCUUGAAGAACACGAGCUUCUAGAGCGCCGGAGCGACUGGUUGGGAGAUACGCACCCUCAAACCUACGGAAACUUGGUGCAGAGAAACCCCCAUGUCAGUCGGGAACACCUGUUACAGGUGUGUAAACGGGUGAGCCCGUUACUUGACACCCAGGUGCGACCGAGCGUGCCAGGUGUCAGGACUCUCCUAGGGUUGGGCAGGCAGUCACUGCUCAGACAUGCAGAAGACUUUAAGAAGGUCCAGUGGAAAGGACCCACCUUGGCAGCCAAGGCCUCUGGUUCCCAUGGCAACCUGAUGCCACCUGUCAAUUAUGGCCAUGCCCCACCUGCAUGUCACAUAGUAAACGCCAGGCAGCUGUUAGGUGUGGCCAAGCGACACUUCCUAGCGCCAACACAGACCACGUACAGUAAGUACUGUAUGCACCUGCGUGUGCUGGGCCACCUCUCUGCUGUCUACUGUAUCGCCUUCGACAGAACUGGCAAGUGUAUCAUCACGGGUGCUGAUGACAACCUGUUGAAGAUCUGGUCAGCGCACGACGGCCGCCUGAUGGCGACCCUGCGUGGAAUGUCCAGCGAGAUCACAGACAUGGCGGUCAACUACGAGAACACGCUCCUGGCCGCCGGCAGCGUGGACAAGACGAUCCGUGUCUGGGACAUGAAGACGCUAGCGCCGGUGUCGGUGUUGAUGGGUCACUCUGCCAUGGUUACCUCACUACAGUUCUGUCCAUCGGCCCGUGGCUCGCAGCGUUUCUUGGCGUCGACUGGCGCAGAUGGCACAGUUUGCUUCUGGCAGUGGUGUGUCAACACAUGUACCUUCAAUCAAACCCCGAUAAAGUUCACGGACCGGUCGCGUGCGGGCGCCCAGCUGCUCUGCUCGUCCUUCAGUCCCGGCGGCACGUUCCUGGUGACGGGGAACUCGGACCACAUCAUCCGUGUCUACUUCCUGAGCGUGGCUGGACCAGACAGGAUAGCGGAGCUCGAGGCACACACCGACAAAGUGGACAGUAUCCAAUACAACAACAGCGGGGACAAGUUUGUGAGCGGGAGUCGAGACGGCACGGCGCGAGUCUGGAGGUUCGAGAGGCAGGAGUGGAGAAACGUCUUGUUAAACAUGGCCACAAGUCUGCCGGGUAAAUCUAACCAGUUAGACACAGCAAACAAGUACUUUAAGUGGAAGGUAACGAUGGUUGGCUGGGACCUGCAUGACAAGUAUGUCAUCACUGCAGUCAACGACAAGUCUCUCAAAGUCUGGGACUCCAACAGUGGCAAACUGGUGCACAUACUGGAGGGCCACACCGAUGAGGUGUUUGUGCUGGAGGCCCACCCGACCGACCCCCAUGUUCUGCUGAGUGCGGGCCAUGACGGCCAUGUCAUGGUCUGGGACCUGCAGACGGGAAGCCUCAUCAAAAGGUUCUUCAACAUGAUUGAAGGUCAGGGUCACGGCGCUGUGUUUGACUGCAAGUUCUCCCCCACGGGGAUGCACUUCGCUGCUACAGACUCACAUGGACAUCUGCUCAUCUUCGGCUUCGGGUCCAAAGAUCCUUACUCAAAGAUCCCAGAGGAGAUGUUCUUCCACACCGACUACCGUCCACUGAUCCGAGACUCCAACAACUACGUCUUAGACGAGCAAACCCAGCAGGCCCCCCACCUCAUGCCUCCCCCCUUCCUGGUGGACGUGGACGGAAACCCCCACCCCCCCAGUCUACAACGGUUGGUCCCCGGGAGGGAGACCAUGCCGGCAGACCAGCUCAUUCCACAAGUGGGGGUGGCAGCCAAUGGACAACCGGAGGUCAUGGGGCCUAUCCCAGAAGCCCCUGCUCCCCCACGCCCGCAGAAUGAAGAUGAAGAAGCAGCAAACAUCCUGGACAACAUGAUCGCUGAGAUGCAGCGGCAGCAAAAUGGGGAGGAGGAGGGAGAUGCACAGGCUGUCAGGAAUGACGAUACAGGUCUAAGAAGCCCUCCUGUGGGCCUGAGGAGAAGCGGGGAUGUGGAGGGCGUACGGCGAGCCCACGGGAACGUCACCGUCAGCCAGCAGGCCUCCGACUCCGACCUGGUGGCCUGGAGCAAACGUGUCGUCGUACCAGACAUGGAACCGGCUCUGCUUGAGACGGAUGAGAAGCGGAGGGUGAGGUUAGGUGAGGAGGAACUGGCCAGGUACAAGGUGGAGAGGAAACGCAGACCUCUACCUGCAGCCAUCAGUAGGAAUGAUUCGUCUGACUCUGAGCGGAGGCUGCGGAACAGGAAGGGUCACCGACAGACGUUGACGCACGCGUACCGCACGCGCACCAACAUGGCCAUGGAGACGUCCCACAGCAGCCGCUCACGGUCACGACAGGUCCCCGAGUUCGACAGCUCCUCUGAGGUUGAGCUAGAGAUGGAGCAGGGCGGGUCAGGAACGGAGACAUCGGAGGAUGAGCAGGUCUGGGACAGCAGCAGCGACAGUGAAAGCGAAUCUAGCGAGUACUCUGACUGGACGCAGGAUGUGGGGUUGCCCAAGGAGCGCAGCAGGGGCGAGAAGCAGUCCCAGCGACAGAGGAAGGCUCCGGCCAGACUCGACUCAGAAUCAGAAGAAGAGGAUGAGGAGGCGGAGGAGAGACCCAAACCUCCGCCCAAGAGCAAAAAGCCCAAGAGGAAAAACAAGAAACCGCAGCCUGUGAUUGACAUGGACCAACAGAUGUCGCUCGAUGACAUCCCUGAUGAGUACCUCCCACCAAAGUGGAUUACGGACAUGAAGCCGCGCCGCUCGCCUUACGUGCCUCAGGUCGGGGACGAGGUGGUAUAUUUCAGGCAGGGUCACGAACUUUACGUGGACGCGGUCAGAAGACACAAGGUGUAUGAGAUCAACCCGCGCAAACAGCCAUGGCACAAGAUCGAACUCAGGGAGCAGGAGAUUGUGCGAGUGAUCGGUAUCCGGUACGAGAUCGGACCCCCGCUGCUCUGCUGUCUGAAACUGGGACUCAUCAACCCCGAGACUGGUGUUCUUACCGGAGGGAGCUUCACUAUCAGGUACCAUGACAUGCCUGAUGUGAUAGACUUCCUGGUGCUGAGACAAGUUUACCAGCAGUCCGUGGAGGCCAACUGGCAAGUCGGUGACCGUUUCCGUGCCAUCAUCGAUGACCAGUGGUGGUUCGGGACCAUCGAGUGUCAGGAGCCGUUUCAGGAGGAGCACCCAGACAGCCACUUCCAGUGCUUCAAUGUAUGUUGGGACACAGGAGAGACGGAGAGGAUGAGCCCCUGGGAUCUGGAGGCUGUGCCAUCCGAGAUGGGUGAGCCGAUAGACGGACGUAUGUCGUAACCAAGAAGAACGUUUUUAUAACUACUGGAUUUACCAACUUCAA